AUGGAAUAUUUCAUGAUGCCGACAGAGAAGAUUCCAAACCUCCAGCAGUUCAAGAAGACGGAGAAGGAUGUGAUCGGGGGGCUGUGCAGUCUGGCCAACAUCCCAUUCAGUCCAGAGACGGCCCAAGACCAGGAGAGGCGAAUCCGACGUGAAAUUGCCAACAGCAAUGAGCGGAGACGCAUGCAGAGUAUUAAUGCAGGGUUCCAGUCCCUCAAAUCUCUCCUGCCUCACACAGACGGGGAGAAACUCAGCAAGGCAGCCAUCUUGCAACAGACAGCAGACUACAUUUUCACCUUGGAACAGGAAAAGACACAGCUCCUGUCACAGAACAACCAGCUCAAACGCUUUAUACAGGAGUUCAGUGGUUCCUCACCCAAGAGGCGGCGAGCAGAGGAGAAGGAUGAAGGCAUUGGGUCCCCAGAUACUCUAGAUGAGGAGAAAGUAGAGGAGCUGAGAAGGGAAAUGCUCGAGUUGCGCCAACAGCUAGACAGAGAACGCUCUGCUCGUAUGCAACUAGAGGAGCAGGUGCGCUCACUCGACACACAGGGGCACCCAGAUCAUCUUAAGGUAAUCACCCAGCAGGUGGAGGAGGAGCACGCGCAAUUCCAGAGCCAGACACUGUUACGGUUGCAGCAAAUCCAAACUGCAGACAGACCACCUCACAGUCCAAAGGUGCUGGCCCCUCCCACUCCUAUCGCAUCAACCCACCACCCAACAGUCAUCGUGCCAGCGCCGGCACUAACCCAGCAACCCCAUCACCACGUCACCGUAGUAACCAUGAGCUCGUCUGUCCACAAUAGCACCGUGUCUACAUCGAGACAAAACCUGGACACUAUUGUGCAGGCGAUCCAUCACAUCGAGCGCACUCAGGAACGGAGAGCGAGCGCAGAAGAGGAGCAGAGACGAGCCGUCAUAGUCAGCCCCGCCCACGUCGCCAUGGACACGGCCUGCUCGGACACAGACACGGAUACAGAGGGAGAGGACUGUUCCAUGAACUGA